AUGCUUGCAGCUCAACAAGCACAACCACGUGACUACCACGUAUUACCUCCUCAACGAGAAGAAGCGGCGCCUCAUGGAGCGUCUGCAACGAAUCCCCGGGGUGCGUCCCCUUCAAUGCAACUGCCAUGGGUUGAGCUUAAAAAAUUUUAG